UUCUGCUGUAAUUUUAAUUGUUGAUCUCUUCAUAUCUAUUCAAUUGGGAUAGAAAGGUAUGGAUUUUAAUUUUGAUGUUUAUUUUCCUCGGCAUGUUGGAUCCCUAUGUUCUUGAAUUUUUUAAUGUGGAACAGAACUAGCUUUUUUGGUGAAAGCAUAUAUUUCAAAACAAUGGUAUCUAUUCUGAUUGCGGGAUCUUCUCAUGUAAAUAGAUUACAAUCGUAUAUCCGAGAACAUUGUGAAUAUGCUAACUUCAAUUUAUCCGCAACGGCGAUUAAUUAUUUUGGAAUAAGUGGUGGGAAAUUAUCAUGUUCCGCUCAUAUAAAUAUGUUAGAAAGGAAAAUCGCUGAUCUACGUCCAGGUGUACUCAUUUUACAUAUAGGAGGAAAUGAUGUUGACAAUGUAACAGCAGAUGAAUCGUUUGUGAGGGAAUUAAGCCUGCGCCUUUUAUGCAUCGCAGAAACUUUCGCAUCACGCUACAAUAUUGCACAUGUGAAAAUUUGUCAGCUAAUGCCUCGUUUUAGGACUCGGCUUUUAGACACAACAUCGUAUAAUGAACUUGUGAUCAAAUUCAACAGAAAAUUGAAAUGUCUGCUGGUACAGAAAACGAGUGUGCAAUAUUGGAAGCUUAAAAAUAUUAAACACUCUAAAUUUCCGAUAUUUUGUGAUGGCGUUCACUUUAACGAAGAACAUGGGAUGAUGAUAUACUAUAGGAAUCUACGUGGGGCAAUAUUGCACUCCUUGAAGGCUAUCCAAAAGUGAUGGCAUGUUACCUUCACCAUAUUCAUGUUAUGAGAUAAGUUUUAUUUCAAUUUUAAUUUUUGUAGUAAUUAUGCAUUCAAGAUACAUGUACUUGAAUUUUGAAUAUCGAUGUCAUACCAAAAAAUAUUAUGGUGUAUAGAGUGUAGAACAUUUUACGAUAGCUGCUAGUCAUUUGAUGCACAUGGCAUCGUUUUAGUGAUCUGUCACUAUAUAUGCACUGUGAUAUGUCACAGUAGAAACGGCUUCUGCUCAUUUUGAUGCACAUGGCAUCUUGAUGUUUGCGAUAUGUCGCUAUGAGCUGUAAUAUGUACAGCUGAGCAGUUGCUUUUAUGUUAUGGCUAGCAGCUUAUAUGUGUGAAGUGUCGCUACACGCUGAUGUAUGGUACACCUGAGAAUUAUGCUCAAGUGUAAAUGAUCUGGCGCUUUGGCUAUUUCUUGAUUAUUUUCCUUGUGAUCUGUCAUUAUAGCUUAUGGUUGGCCUCAGUGAAUUGACUGCUAUCGAAACUUUUGCACUCUUAAGUAUUUAGGUGUCCUUGGUUGUCUAUGGCACCAUAAGGCUUGGAAAAAUUAUUUCCAUUAGAAGCUUAAUUUGGCGAUCAAGGUCAUUUUUAUACUUAAAUUUUUUUCAUGUUAAUAUGCAAAGUCAAUUCAACAUGUAUAUAGGCAGAUAAGGUAUUGAACUAUGAGUGUCUUCAUUCUUAAGACAGGUGUCUCGUUUUGUAGGCCAAAAUAUGCCACCCAAAAAGAAAAGACCAAAGAGCACUACAACCGGGAACACACCAUCCUCUGAGACUUCAGGCCCGGCAAAACGUCGAAAGCAGACAACAUCAGCCUCUGUUGACAUUGCCGAGCAGGUGAACAACGCUAUACAAUUAGCCCUGCCAAAAAUCACUCAAGCGGUCCUUUCGGCAAUGAAUGAUAAGAGCGAGGAGCACACAGAUAAAGCUCCAGAGGUGCCUCAGGAAUUACCAAGCACGUCCACGGAGCCGCUUUCCCAGGCUAGCGAUGGUACAAGAAUUCAAGGAGGGGUUCCCAUCUAUGACUAG